AUGUUUGACUGCUUCGGAUGCGGCGUCAGACAGACCGACCGCGACCGUGGUUCCUCAGAGGCCGAAUCCAACGAUCCCAGCACAACACCCUCUGAAGAAGUCACCGUGUCAUAUGAGCCAUCACACAAGAUGACAGCGGUCACACACACUGAUGAUCCGGAGUAUGACUUGCUAAAGCCUCACGAUCUCGUCCAGUUCCUCAUUGAUGCCAACAUACGCUUGGUAAGCCUGAGAUAUCUCAUGGACUUGCAUGCAGCUGGACGUCUUUGGCGGCGUCGACAGGAAGCGGAACAGGAAUUAGUUUCGAUGGACGAGAUCGAGAACCUGAAGCAGGCAACAUUCUGCCCGAGCCCCGCCCCUCUCAGGGGAGAUUUGGUUGGUUCUCGUCGCGGUGGAGCCUUUAAUCGCUCGAAUUCGGGCCAAAAUCCAGUGCGGAUCUACGCGAUCUCCCAUUGCUGGGAGGCACAGCAACAUCCGGACCCGUUUGGUUUUCAGUGCAGCAAGCUCGUUGGGUGGUUCGCGUCGGAUGGGGCAAGCAUUGAACGUAUAGGUUUCAUGCAUCCUGACUCAACGUGGUUGUUCAUAGACUACAUUUGCUUGCCACAGUACCAAAGGACAGAGGACGAACAAGUCAGUUUCAGCCGUGCCAUGAAGGCGAUGCACGUGCUCUACGCACAUGCAGCAAUCUAUCACGUAAUCCGCUUGGAAGACAUUGCACCCUCUCCGCAUUUCCCGAUGCCGAAGUUCAUUGAAAUCUAUUGUGAGAGCACCAGCAAAGUGGAGCUACGUCCCUUCGCCGAGUUGGCGCUGAACCGUGUCCCCUAUUCUCAAAGAGGCUGGUGCAUCGCGGAGGUUCAGUGGAUGAGCACCAAGGACAGCAUAUUUGGGUAUGCACCUCUGACUCCGGCCAUGUUCCAAGAGCGGGUGAAGCGUGGGCUUGAGGGCAGACAAGAUGGGCUGACAUUGAAGUUCACGCAUCGUGAUGAUUUACACAACGUGGUACGACUUCAAGAGGCAGUGUUUUUGAAGCACUCCCAGCGGCGGAAGAAGCUUGAGGCCUAUGAUUUGCCUCUACAGGAGCUGCAAGUUCUGGCUGAGACACUGCCCCAUUUCGUCAACUUGGAAGUUCUCAGGGUUGUUUGGCACGAGGCAGAUGUCGGCUUGUUUGACUCGUGCAUCGCAAUUCUAAAACCAGUAAUCGCGCGAUGCACAAGGCUGAGCGAAGCUACGGUUCUUGUUCUUGUUAUCAAUGAGAUAUCGGAUACUAAAGAGAUCUCCAGAUAUGCUGACCUCCUUCUAACGUGA